CUCGACAACGGGAGGCCCACUAUAUCCACCCGGCUGGAUCGCGCCGCGCAUGUAAGCCUAAUCAAGCUCAAGCUCUUCAGCCCACGCAAUAGCGCCAAUAUCUGCAUAUCGAUCCUUGACACCAGUCUAGAUCGAGGAGAGCUUGAAUCUGAUAUUGGGUCUGGGCCAUGUCUCAGCGCUAGCCUAACUUUGUGCCUGCAGACAGACUGAAGGACCGCGGAACAGGGAACAUAUAGCAGACAGCAAGCCCAUGCUCGCUCAUUCUUUUCCCUUGACAGACGCAAGUGCCAGUUUUACAGUCAAUACCGAUUGGUGCCUUCAAGAUGGUUUUCUUCCCCAAGGUUAUCGCCUUCGCCGUCACAUCUCUGGUCUACGUUGGUGUUAACGCAAAGCCAUGUCCACCCGUGACGCCUUCGAGCUCGGCUACCUCCGGUCCGACUGUAUCAGAGACUUUGACCCCGACCUCGACCCCCAGCCCUACGAAUGUUCUCGAAAACCCCAGCCUCGAGAUUCCUAGAGAAGUACCAGGAGGAACUGUAUGGGACGGAGCUCCCUGGACUUUCGGUCCCAGUGACGAUCCGAAUGUCCCGUCGGUACAAGUCAGAGAGCAGGAUGGCACUAUACCAGCUCACUCAGGCGACUACUACGUCUUUGCGAACAUUCCAAUCAGAUACCAACCCACCUCCUUCUCCCAGGCGCUUUCCGGCCUGGAUACCGCCCACCAGUACACGCUCACGUACUACUGGGGGAUCACCACCAAGCAAGAAAUCCACGACGGCAGCUGCUACGCCCAGGUCAGCCUAGGCGACCAGAUCGUAGACACCGCACGCAUCCACCGCAACACCGCAUACGAGUACCACCAGUACAACAUAGUCUUCACCCCGCCAUACUCCACCGCCCUCCUGACUUUCACCCUCUCUUGCGACGGCGGCUACUUCUACGGCACCGAGCUCCUCUUCGACGACAUCACCCUGACCCCCUCCACCCCGGCCUGCACAGCCGUCAACCCACCCCCAUCCGGCGCGACCUGCGGCGCGCUCGGCAACGCCCAGAAUGCGUACUCGUCCCUCAUCGCCAACCGGGGCGACUCGUCCAGCGCGGCGAACUGCGCGCUCAGCUGCACGCAGACGCCGCUGUGCCAGUUGUUUGCGUACCAGGGUGGUGACAAUGGUGCCUUCAGGGGAUGCAACCUGUACUCGGCCGACAUCGCCACGAUCAUGUUCGUGCCGCUGACGUAUGGGCUUGCGUAUUACGACAUUGGGUGCUUCCACUGCCCUGCUUGA